AUGCGUAGACAUACAUUCCGCUGCAAAGAGUCUCGCCACAGAAUACUGCUCUCAAAGCAGUAUCCACGGUAUGAGCUACAUUGGCGCUCGACGGCGGUCUCUCGUGGAACGUCUCUGGUGGAUUGCGGUGUUUGUUCUGUCGAUUUACGAGUGGAUCGCUUGAUGGCUGUUCUUCAGAUUUGCGAUGACUUUUUCCACGUUAAACCCAAAUAUCGAGACAUGUAUCAAAAUGUUCCACCCGGAAAUAUAGUUGCCAUACUUAAAAAUCUGGCACCACUAAUUAACCAGUCGAUUUUUACGUGCAGAGUCAACGGUGUACGCUGCAACGAGCUGUUUACCGACACAUUAACCGAUGAAGGAAUUUGCUUUACCUUCAAUGGUUUUUCAUCGUACGACAUGUUCAAGGAUGGAGUUUUGCAUGACGAAUACAGCUAUCUGAAUGAAACGAAAAAUGUAACCAACUGGAACAUGGAAGAAGGAUACCUUGUCGAAGACUUACUCCGGACCCAUCCGAUUCGUGCUCUUGGAUCUGGUUUCGCAGCCGGUUUGACUAUGCGACUGAUGGCAUCCGAUAGCAACAUUGAAGAACACUGUCGUGAACAGCAGGGAUUCAAAGUUACAAUCCAUGCUCCAAACGAGUAUCCACAGGUUUCCAAGAAGUUCGCCCUGGUGACCCAUUCCCAUGAUGUUACUCUGGCUGUCAGACCCGUCAUUAUGCAGACCUCUUCGGAAUUGAAGGACUACGACCCGAAACGACGCAACUGCUACUUCCAUUUUGAGAGACAGCUGAAGUUCUUUCGUUUCUACACACAGGCCAACUGCGAAGUGGAAUGCCUUACCAACUUUACGCUGGAGUUGUGUGGAUGUGUAAAAUUCUCAAUGCCACGCUCGCCAGGGACGCCAUUGUGUCAAACUUCGGAGAUUAUUUGUGUCAUCGAAGCGGAGUUCCGCAUGCUGCAGCUUUCGGUGCAGCAGGGGGAGGACAACCUGGAGAGCCACGUUUCGAGUUGCGAUUGUAUUCCAUCGUGCGUAUCGAUACAGUACGAUACAGAAAUCACUCAGUCCAAGUGUGACUUCAAGAAAACGCUGGAUUUGCGCAUUGGGCAUGCAGAUCCUGCUAUAAGGAAAGGGCUUCAGAGUCGUCAAAUAUCGAAACUGGCAAUCUACUUCAAGGAAGUGCAGUUUAUUACUUCUAAACGAAGUGAAUUGUUCGGAAUGACAGAUUUUAUUGCCAACUGUGGAGGAAUCCUGGGACUCUGUUUGGGAGUGAGCUUGUUCAGCAUCAUAGAGCUGCUGUACUACUGCCUGGCGCGCCCGAUGCUUCUGAUGCGAGAGUCGUUCAACAACAAGGGUAAAGUCAAGAUAGUAGGAGAGGUCAAUGUUGGUCGAUUUUGA